UGUGCAAUCAGAUGUAAUAUUUUAGAAAAUAAUUUUGAGAAGUGUGGUACUUAUAAACAAAGAAAAAUUGAAACAAGAUUAGAAUUAUGGAGUCAGGUAUUCCCAACUUGGAGAUCGAUGGUAUUGAUUUAUCAAAUUACGUUCGAGACCCUAAUUCAUACAACCCAAUCGUUUACAUACAUAAAAGAAAUCUCAAAAGAGGUAUGACUGACGAUGAUGAUAUCAUUCCAAAAAUGCUCGAUAAAGGACAGCAAUUUGAUAGUAAUGAUGAAAAUAAAGAUACGUAUGAUAAUAAUAUAACAAACGAAGAUUUCCUAGAUGCUACUAUGAAAAAAACUACACAUUUUGCCAAAACCCUUAUACCGAUCACUAUACCUCCGAAAGCGAACGACGAAAAUGUUUAUUAUACAAUUAAGUCGAGCAAAAAGUCCAGAACUGAAAAUAGAGGUUGUAGAUGUAAUUUAGACGAUCCAAAUCUUAAUAAUAUAAAAGAUAGUAAUAAAAAAGAAAAGAUCAAGAGCAAAAAAGAUUUCAAGCCAAAAAAAUACUUAAAGACUACUGAAACUAUAACACAAUCUUCAGAAACCACAGUCCCAAGUUCUGAUGAUACUCAUAAUCAGACUUUGAGUGAAUUAUCUGAAUUCUCUGAGAAUAAAUUAAAAGAAUCAGCAAAUAAACGUAAGCAUGAUACUAAAAUUAUUCCGUCGCAAUCUUUUCAAACUUUAGCAGAAGAAAAUCAAGACGUUGGAAAAAUAAAAAUACAAAUUAUGAACGAUAAAGAAAGACAAACGUUUUGUGAAAGCAUUUGCAUUCCUCUUGUAAAUGCAGUAAAAGAUAGCAUAUCAGCUGAUGAGCUUAAUAAAGGUUUGCUUGCUGUGCAGAAUAAAGUUGAUAAGUUUUCUGAGAAAUUAGAUAAUGUACUAGAGAGGUUAAGUAGAAUUGAUGAAAAAUUGAGUAGCACAGUAAAUAACACAAUAAUGGUGGACAACCAAGCACAUAAGUCUGUUGAAGAAGAAAAUACUAUCGAAAGGGAUAACCCGAAAGAAACAGAUUGCAACAGAAAGGAAGAACCUAAAAAAGUUAAGAAACUACAGAAUAGGAAUGAUUUAUCCAUUCAAGACCUGGAAGAGGACGAAGAAGGGAGAGGAGAAAGAGUUCCAGAAAGUUUGAAUGUGUCUUCGUUAGUGGGAGUAGCACCGACUCCCGUUCACAGAUUACCAGCGAGGUUCUGUUGGACUGAUACUAAGCUUAAUGGAUGAAUAUAUUCUGUAGCCUUAGCACAUAAUUUCCUUUUAUUUUAAGGAUGUCGAUACCGACAGUGCCAGUGUUAUAAAUAGCAAGCUUCAGAGUAUUCGUAAAGUUAUUACGAUAACACGACUACAAAUUGUAAUCAUUGAGCAGAUUGUCAUAUUAUGUCUAUUAUUGGGGUAAUAAUUAUUGUUAUCGGAAAGCGAUCUUUAGUGUGGUCUCCUGAUGACUACAGUUUAUUCGGGUG